AGCACUCACCGGGAAGAAGAGGAGGGGAUGGAAAGCAGUGGCAGUAGCUCCGAGACUGAUGUGACAGUGGGACCGCCAGAUUCCACAUCUUACCUGAGGAAACGUUACUCUUCGCCAUUGAAGAAGAGUUCUAAAGGGAAGCCAGACACUCAGUCGCCGGACACAAAGUCGCUGGAUUUGGGGAUAGUGUUUAGAGCGGGAGGUGAGGGUGGAGAGGAGGACGAGAGAGACCCACUGUCUGCUGGAGGAGCCAGUGUGGAGAGGGCCGGAGAGGAGCAACCCAGAUCCGUGCCCUCGUUUCUGAAGGAGGUUCUGGAAAGAGGUCAUAUUCACCCAACACGAGUGGGCCUCUGGAGACUCCAGAAAGCACUUCAAGAUUGGUGUACGCCUUCUAAUUUUAUCAACUUUCUCAUCGUCAUCUCGUAAGUAUAAAUCUCUUUCAUUUCUUCUCUCUUCUCUUCUACUUCUAUUUAUUCUCUUAGAUAUCUAAAUUUUCCCAUUUGCUCGACAGAAUUCUUCUUCUGCUCAUUUCGACUGCCUCAAUGGUGUGUAGACUGUCUUACGUGAACCCUGCAUUCCAGCCGUUCAUCGCCUGGCAACCGUGGUGCCGGCUCUGCAGCGACUGUAGAAGCUCAGCAAAGACACACCCACCGGUUGGGGGCGUGGCUAGUGGGGGCUACGACAGAAUCGGGGGAGAGAGAGAAGGCUUGUGGACUCUUGAUUUCUUUGAAGAACUGGUGAAGAAGCACAGCAGCAGCAGAGAGCCUCCGGAGGUGUUUGACACUGGAGAACAGAAUACCAACACAUAGACUUUUAAAAUUUAUCACUG